AAAAGUGAAAUCUCAAACUAAGAUGCGUGAAUAUCUCUGAAACCUUAUGUUCUCUACCAAACAUUCAUCUUAUUUCUUUUUCUUUUUUCUUAAGAGUCUAUUAUUUGACUUCUCCUCAUUUUUAUAAUUCUUCCGACAAAGAAGAGAUAGAUCCCUUUGGGUGGGUUUAAAAAACUAUAAGAAAAGAAAAAAAAAAAAGAAAUAGUCAAAUGAGAAUACAUUCUUCUGAUCAUUCAUGGCUUUUAUUAGCCGUUCUCGUGAUUCUCCUCUCCUUCUCUGGAGCUCUCUCAAGCAAUGACAAAGAGAAAGAGAAAGAGAAGAAGACGACUUCGGUCGAUAAAAAGAAAGAAGUAACUUAUGAUGGAACGUCUUUGAUCAUCAAUGGAAAUAGAGAACUCCUUUACUCUGGCUCCAUACAUUACCCUCGUAGCACUCCUGAAAUGUGGCCAAACAUCAUCAAGAGAGCGAAACAAGGCGGGUUGAACACGAUUCAGACAUAUGUUUUUUGGAACGUGCAUGAACCUGAGCAGGGAAAGUUCAAUUUUUCGGGUAGAUCCGAUUUGGUGAAGUUCAUAAAAUUAAUUGAGAAGAACGGUAUGUAUGUAACCUUGAGGCUUGGACCUUUUAUUCAAGCUGAAUGGACUCAUGGAGGACUUCCUUACUGGCUGAGAGAAGUUCCCGGGAUCUUCUUCCGUACCGAUAAUGAACCUUUCAAGGAACAUACAGAGAAGUACGUUAGGGUGAUACUUGACAUGAUGAAGAAGGAGAACCUUUUUGCUUCACAAGGAGGCCCCAUUAUAUUAGGACAGAUAGAGAAUGAGUAUAGUGCAGUUCAACGAGCAUAUAAAGAAGAUGGAUUAAAGUACAUUAAGUGGGCAUCUAAGUUGGUACACUCGAUGGAUUUGGGGAUCCCAUGGGUUAUGUGUAAGCAAAAUGAUGCUCCUGAUCCUAUGAUUAACGCUUGUAACGGACGACAUUGCGGUGAUACAUUCCCUGGUCCAAACAAAGAUAACAAGCCGUCUUUAUGGACAGAGAACUGGACUACUCAGUUCCGUGUUUUUGGCGAUCCCCCAACACAAAGAUCUGUAGAAGAUAUAGCCUUUUCUGUUGCCCGGUUUUUCUCCAAGAAUGGAAGCCAUGUUAACUACUACAUGUAUCAUGGAGGCACCAACUUUGGAAGAACCUCCGCACAUUAUGUGACCACACGUUACUACGAUGAUGCACCUCUUGAUGAAUACGGACUGGAAAAAGAGCCUAAGUACGGUCAUCUCAAACAUCUUCACAACGCACUUAACUUGUGCAAGAAGGCACUUCUAUGGGGACAGCCUCGAGUCGAGAGGCCUAGUAACGAAACAGAGAUUCGAUACUACGAGCAGCCUGGAACAAAAGUUUGUGCGGCUUUUCUAGCGAACAACAACACAGAAUCUGCAGAAAAUAUCAAAUUUAAGGGCAAGGAAUAUGUUAUUCCUCCUCGCUCCAUCAGUAUUCUCCCUGACUGCAAAACCAUUGUUUAUAACACCGCGGAGGUAAUGACAAAUUCAAAAUCUUGUAGUAAAUCCAUAAAAGAAAAAAUCAAGGGUGACUCUUAUGUGCCCGUUGAGCUCUACGGCUUGACCAAAGACGAGACUGAUUACGGAUGGUACACUACAAGCUUUAAAAUAGAUGACAGUGAUCUCUCUAAGAGGAAAGGAGGUAAGCCUACUCUAAGGAUCGCUAGUCUUGGCCACGCGUUGCAUGUAUGGCUCAAUGGAGAAUACCUUGGAAACGGACAUGGUAGCCAUGAAGAGAAGAGUUUCGUCUUUCAGAAGCCAGUUUCUCUAAAAGAAGGAGAGAACCACCUCGCCAUGCUGGGAGUUUUAACUGGAUUUCCAGAUAGUGGAUCUUAUAUGGAACAUAGGUACACAGGUCCACGUAGUGUUUCUAUCUUAGGCUUGAGCUCUGGACCACUUGAUCUCACUGAACAAAACAAAUGGGGAAACAAGGUCGGUAUGGAAGGCGAAAGGCUUGGAAUCCACGCCGAGGAAGGAUUGAAGAAGGUUAAAUGGCAGAAACUCUCAGGAAAAGAACCAGGGCUUACAUGGUACCAGACAUACUUUGAUGCGCCAGAGAGCCAAAGCGCAGCAGCAAUUAGGAUGAAUGGAAUGGGGAAAGGUUUGAUUUGGGUGAACGGAGAAGGUGUUGGUCGAUACUGGAUGUCGUUUUUAUCGCCUUUAGGACAGCCUACCCAAGUUGAGUAUCACAUCCCUAGGUCUUUCUUGAAGCCCAAGAAAAAUCUUCUGGUUAUAUUCGAGGAAGAACCAAAUGUGAAACCAGAGCUCAUCGACUUUGUAAUCAUCAAUAGAGACACGGUAUGUUCUUUUAUUGGAGAAAACUACACGCCUAGUGUCAGACACUGGACCAGGAAGAAUGACCAAGUCCAAGCCAUCACUGAUGACGUGCAACUCACGGCUAAACUCAAAUGUUCCGGCACAAAGAAGAUCUCUGCUGUGGAAUUCGCCAGCUUUGGUAACCCGAAUGGAACUUGUGGAAACUUCACUCUUGGGACUUGUAAUGCUCCUGUCUCUAAGCAAGUCGUCGAGAAGUACUGUUUGGGUAAAGCACAGUGUGCGAUUCCGGUGAACAAGAGUACGUUCCAGCAAGACAAAAAGGAUUCAUGCCCCAAAGUUGCGAAGAAGCUUGCUGUACAAGUCAAGUGUGGUCGUGACAAGAAAAACUAAGGGAUUCGUUGAACGGUUUUAUACUUAAUGUAAUUAUGUUUUGUAGAUACGUAAAUUAUGCAUUAAUUUUGUUGUUCCAUUUUUUGAAUUUAUAAAUUAAA